UAAAAAGGAGGUGCAGAGAACAUGGGCUUCAAAGUCUUAAGCACUUUACACAGCAGAGGAGAUUCUUGAAAUCCUUUGAAGAUUACUCACUCGAAUAAAACAAGGAUGAAGACUGUAAUCCAGUGUAUCAUUUUCCUGGCCUGUGCAGCAUUGUACACUUCACAAAUUAAUCCGUACUGCCAGUGUGUAAAAACAAUCAAGGGUGUAAACUUCUCUCUCAUUGCUGAUGUCAAGGAGUAUGGAAUACGUCCAUAUUGCAACAGGAGAGAAGUCAUUGUCAUCCUAAAUGAUGAGAAAUCACGGUGUCUUGACCCAAAACAAAGAUUCACCAAAGCGCUUCUGCUAAGAAUGCGAACGAAGAAGGCAAAUGCUGCUAAGAUGAACACAACCAGCCCAAGGACAACCACAGUGCCAUCCAGAGUGUCACCCACAAUGUCAGCCACAGUGGUACCAUCAUCAACAUAAUGCAAACUGCUUGAGUUUAUCAUCCUAACAAUUAAAAAAAGGUAUCAGUUUGUAAGAGGAAAGAUCAGCACACCUUUUGUGGUCAUGGUUGUUGUGGCCCCUGUUUGUUUAAUCACAAGAAACAGGCAGUACAAUACUGGUACAAGUGAAUUUGUUUCACUUCAGUUGUGCAGUUAGGCAGCCAAAAAUAACAGCAAGAUGUAAAAGUCUGAAAUGUUAACUUCAACUGCCAUGACUGACAUGACAUGAGUGUCACAUUUAGGACACUCACUUUGUGAAGUUUCCUUUACCCAGAAUAUUCAUCUGGGUAAACAUAAUGCACUUUUUCUUUUUAGAUUUUAGUUUGUAUGGAUGGGAAUUUUACGUAUGCUGACGACACUGAUGUAUUUUCACCCUAAAAUGUCCUAAGACUGAAUCCUUGGUGAAUGAAGAGAGUAUUUUUACUGGGAUUGUAUUGUAUAUGUAUCGACAUUGCUGUGCUCUUAUUCAUUACACCUUGUAGCUAGUAUUAAACUGUCAUUUUUAAAACUUUCUGUAAAAGCAUUCUGUGAUGUAAUUCAGGUGAGCAGAUGAUAAUUUGAAGGUCAGUAAUGUAAUGUAAUCUAUUAACAUUUAAGAAAUGAUGGUAAAUGUGAACUGUUUUUUAUUGUUGAUUAAAACAUAGUUAAAACAUAGCUUGUUUGUCUAAUUCGAAGGAUGCCUUUUGAUUUUUUCUACUGCAAACAAAUAUUUAUGUGGAUACAUAUAUAUAUUAUAUAUAUCAUUCUGUAUGUGUACCAUGUUAUAAGGCUGAAAUAAAUCUUGACAUUUGA